UAUCGUGCCGAUGUAAUGGAGUUCUACCUUCGUUAUCCUUCGCGUUGACGUCGGCGCCAUGCUGGAUAAGGAGGGCGCAGAUUUCCUGGUUUUUGUGGACGUGCAAAGGAGUUUUCUUGUCUUCAUCCUUCGCGUUGACGUCGGCACCAUGUUGGAUAAGGAGGGCGCAGAUUUCCUGGUUUUCGUGGACGUGCAAAGGAGUAUCUCCGUUUGUGUUUUUCGCGUUGACAUCGGCGCUAUGUUGGAGAAAAAGAGCACACAUUUUCUGGUUUUUGUGGACGUGCAAAGGAGCAUCUCCGUUUGUGUUCUUCGCGUUGACGUCGGCGCCAUGCUGGAUAAGGAGGGCGCAAAUUUCCCGGUUGUUGUGGACGUGCAAAGGAGUACCUCCAUUUGGGUCCGCUCCUCGUCCAGCGAGAAGAGUUUCGAGCAGAUCUUCGUGGUUGUUGCGAACCGCAUACCACAGUGCUGGACGGCCAAAAUGAUCGCGGGCGUUGACGUCGAGCCCUUUGUCGAGAAGCUUGAUGACCUCAUCCAUAUCACCAAGGCCGGCGGCUGCCCAGAUGUGAAGGUCGGCCCAUCGCUCGAGAAGGAACGACGGGAUGGAGACGUCAACUUGCCGCCAGACUAG